AUGUCCUCUUCAAGUAGCACCUCAGACAUGAAAACUUAUACAUCCUCAAGAGACCAGGAUGAAUGUCAACCAGAGCCUGAAGAUAAAAAUAUUUAUUCAGUUCAAUAUCAUAUUUUUGAUACAAACCACCAAAGUCUGGUCUUAGACCAGGACCAAUUCAUCCUUAAAGCAGUACCACGAAAACAUGACGAACCUGCAGAAACCUUUGAUGUAUUGCCUGCAUAUAUAGAAGAUGUGGAUAUCAAUCCUAUUUUUUUGGCUGUUCUUAAUGGAGAGCUCUGUCUGUGUUGUGAUGUAGUCAAUGAGGAGCCCACAUUACAAUUAAAGAACAUAAACAUUCAAACACUGAAUUCACUGAGGUACUAUGAUCGUCUGCCCUUCACUUUUCUCAAGGAAAAAAACGGCUCAGUUUUCACUUUGGAAUCCAUGAAAAAUCCUGGAUACUUUAUCUACACCACCAUGAUGCCUGGACAACCUGUAGGAGUGACAAAAGAGAAAGAUAAAAAUAACAUUUAUUUCGAUUUUGAACCUGUCAACAUGAAUCUCAAUGAUCAAGAAGCUAAAUAG